CGGCCGGCCACGCUGGUGUUUACGUGUCGGGGAGGUAGAGCCUAUGGGAGCGAACUUUCGCAGCACCUCCUGCUCCUGUGCUCCGGCUGUGGCCCGCCUGCUUCAGUGGAGCCAUGGCUGUUCGUGUCCGGUCCGCUCGGCCCCCGCCGGGCUCAGAUAAGGUACAGAAAGACAAGGCUGGCCAGACCUCAGGGCCCAGGCAGGACAGCCGAAUGAAGAAACUCUUGGGUUUCGAGUGGACGGAUUUGUCCAGCUGGCAGAGGCUGGUUACCCUGCUUAAUCGACCAACAGACCCCGCAAGCCUGGCUGUCUUUCGUUUUCUCUUUGGGCUCUUGAUGGUGCUGGACAUUCCGCAGGAGCGGGGCCUCAGCUCCCUGGACCGGAGAUACCUGGAUGGGCUGGAUGUGUGCCGCUUCCCCUUGCUGGACGCCCUGCGCCCGCUGCCGCUUGACUGGAUGUAUUUUGUCUACACCAUCAUGUUUCUGGGGGCGCUGGGCAUGCUGCUGGGCCUGUGCUACCGGAUAAGCUGUGUGUUAUUCCUGCUGCCAUACUGGUAUGUGUUUCUGCUGGACAAGACGUCGUGGAACAACCAUUCCUAUCUGUAUGGCUUGUUGGCCUUUCAGCUGACGUUCAUGGACGCAAACCGCUAUUGGUCUGUGGAUGGCCUGCUGAAUGCCCGUAAGAGGAAUGCCCAUGUGCCCCUCUGGAACUAUGCAGUGCUGCGAGGCCAGAUCUUCAUUGUGUACUUCAUUGCGGGUGUGAAAAAGCUGGAUGCAGACUGGGUUGAAGGCUAUUCCAUGGAACACCUGUCCCGACACUGGCUCUUCAGUCCCUUCAAAUUGUUGCUGUCUGAGGAGCUGACCAGCCUGCUGGUGGUGCACUGGGGUGGGCUGCUGCUUGACCUCUUGGCUGGUUUCCUGCUCUUCUUCGAUGUCUCAAGGUCCAUUGGCCUCGUCUUCGUGUCCUACUUCCACUGCAUGAAUUCCCAGCUCUUCAGCAUUGGUAUGUUCCCCUAUGUCAUGCUGGCCAGCAGCCCUCUCUUCUGCUCCCCGGAGUGGCCCCGGAAGCUGGUAUCUCACUGCCCCAAAAGGCUGCAAGAUCUACUGCCCCUCAAGGCUGCCCCUCAGCCCAGUGCUUCUUGUGUGUACAAGAGGAGCCGGGCCAAAGGUGGCCAGAAGGCAGGCCUGCGCCAUCGGCUGGGAGCCCUCUUCACCUUGCUUUACCUCCUGGAGCAGCUGUUCCUGCCCUAUUCCCACUUCCUCACCCAGGGCUAUAACAACUGGACAAAUGGGCUGUACGGCUACUCCUGGGACAUGAUGGUGCACUCCCGCUCCCACCAGCACGUGAAGAUCACCUACCGUGAUGGCCGCACGGGCGAGCUGGGCUACCUUAACCCUGGGGUGUUCACACAGAGCCGGCGAUGGAAGGAUCACGCAGACAUGCUGAAGCAGUAUGCCACUUGCCUGAGCCGCCUGCUUCCCAAGUACAAUGUCACUGAGCCCCAGAUCUACUUUGAUAUUUGGGUCUCCAUCAAUGACCGCUUCCAACAGAGGCUUUUUGAUCCUCGUGUGGACAUCGUGCAGGCUGUUUGGUCCCCCUUCCAGCGCACACCUUGGUUGCAGCCGCUCUUGAUGGACCUGUCCCCCUGGAGGACCAAAUUACAGGAAAUCAAGAGUAGCCUGGACAACCACACCGAGGUGGUCUUCAUUGCGGAUUUCCCUGGACUGCACCUGGAGAAUUUUGUGAGUGAAGACCUGGGCAACACCAGCAUCCAGCUGCUGCAGGGGGAGGUGACUGUGGAGCUGGUGGCAGAACAGAAGAAUUGGACUCUUCGGGAGGGAGAAAAAAUGCAGUUGCCUGCUGGUGAGUACCAUAAGGUGUACACCGUGUCGUCUAGUCCUUCCUGCUACAUGUACGUCUAUGUCAACACUACAGAGCUCGCGCUGGAGAAAGACCUGGCACAUUUGCAAGAGUUAAAGGAGAAGGUAGAGAAUGGAAGUGAACCAGGGCCUCUGCCUCCGGAGCUGCAGCCUCUGUUGGAAGGGGAAGUUAAGGGCGGCCCCGAGCCAACACCUCUGGUUCAGACCUUUCUUAGACGCCAGCAAAGGCUCCAGGAGCUCGAACGCCGGCGAAAUGCCCCUUUCCACGAGCGACUCCUCCGCUUCUUCCUGCGGAAGCUCUAUAUCUUUCGCCGCAGCUUCCUCAUGACUUGUAUUUCACUUCGAAAUCUGGCUAUAGGCCGCCCUUCACUGGAGCAACUUGCCCAAGAGGUGACUUAUGCAAACCUGCGACCCUUUGAGCCGGUUGGAGACUCCACAAACAUGGGUCCUUCAAAUUCUGAUCCUCCUGAGCCAGAUGCCGAUCCUGUCCACUCAGAGUUCUAGGGAGGCCAGGUAGUUACACAUCUACCUAUGCAAUAGACGGUUGAGAACUCAGAUUUCCCCCUUGUCCAAAGGUCUUUUAAAUUAAAUGGCAGCCUACAGGAGUCGAGGAAAAGAACAAGUUGCCACCUUUGACACCAGCACCAAAUUGGAGCUCCUGGCUAUUGUACUUCUGAUCCAGCUACCUACAAGUGUGCCGGAAGGCAAGGGAAGAUGGCUCAAGUACCUGGGUUCCUGCAGCGACUCAGAUGGGAUUCCCAGGGCUUUGGUCCAGCUGUUGCAGCCAUUUUGAGUGAACCAGCGGAUGGAAGAUCUCUCUACCUCUCCCUCUGUCACUCUACCUUUCAAAUAAAUCUUAAGGUUGAAGGGCCAAGAGAUUACAAAUGAAAAUAGCUUCUUAGGAUAAAGAAGUAAGAGGUUUAAAGUGACUGGCUCUUUGGGGGAAAGAUUUAGCCAAGUGUUCCCAAAUGUGCUAGGCACUAUUACCUUUAAUUCUUAUUAGUCAUUAGCCCUAUUUUAAUUGUAGGAACUGAGAGAAAAAGGUAAAAUAAUUUGGUCAGAUGUUAGUAAGGAAUUUUUCAUAUUAUCUAAGCUUUUUACUAGUAGUAAUGAAUAGCACUGUUAAGAAACAUUAGCUACUGCUAGUGGCAUUUGGCAUUAUUCUAGCCUUUAAUGAGCAGGUGACAAAGUGAUUAACAUGGUAAGAGACCAGGGAACAGACCUUUUAGUACAUCUGGAUUUGCAGGGGUGACUUGGGAACCUCCUUAGUACUGAGCUUGCAAAACAAGAAUGCAGAAUAAAAUAAGGGUCCCUCCCCCAGCACAGCCUGACAAUAAAUAGGCACUGUCAGUAACCUCUUUCUUCCACUGAUCCCUUUUCCCACCUCUUUGGACAGUGGUCCCAAGCCUUGUUAGUAGUGGACUGAGUAUACCUAUCCCCAACUCAGACCUGCCUCUCAUUUACCCUCCCAUUCUCCCUACACCCACCUGCAGUGUACCUACCUUGUCAAUGUUUUCACCUUCAUUAACCUGGGUUCUUUCAGUUAGGGACUGAUCACUUUGCAGUAGGUGGAGUAGGAGACUACUGGUUUUCAGACACUGGGAGCAUUCAGGGUAGUCCAGCCAUAAACAUGGAGCACUGGUUUUUAUUUCCUUGUUCUAACCCCUUGCAGACUUGUUAGGGAAAAAUGGGUCUUCACCUUGGAACAAUUACAAUGGCACUUUAACAUGUAAGUAUGCUACCUUUGUCAAGAAAAAUGUUCAGGUGGGAUGAGGUCAACAGAAAAUUAGACAUGUUGAUUUUAUCAGUAAGAAAAGUUUCUCAGCCAGGCUGCUUUAACACCUGGAUCCCUGAUUACAGCCGCCUGUUUUUUAAACACCCAUAGUCUGCAAAGUGAACAUACGCGGCCCUCAGGGGGGUACCUGGGACAGGACUGUAAACCUAAUUGCUUGCACAGCACAUCCAAGGAUUGAGGUGAUUUUCUGAAAUAUGGGUAGGGUUACAAUUGUUCCAGGUAAAAGGUGACACGAAUACAUUGUUUUCAGCUCACAUUUAUACCAAAAUACUUUAAAAAAACAAUGGACACAGUUAAGGUAGAACCUAGCAUUUUAUUUAGAUCUUCAUUAAACUGUUGGAAUUGAGAACCAGACAUACGUAAUAAACCUCCAAAAAUAGAUCCUGAAAGGCACUUUCUGCUUAGGGCAAGCAGUCAUGGAUGAAGCAUGUAAACAAGCUGGCUUCUCUGUACCACACCAGCCAAGUCCGCUUUCUCCAUGGCCAGCCGCACCAGCUCUGCCCUCCCUUCCGCUAACACCAGCCAGACCCCCUGUAGGUCUAACCCAAGGUUUUUCUGUAGGACACCUUGGCCUACCUGGGAAUGCUGGAAACAUGUUGUUAAAGGAAUCAUGGUGUUGAGAGAGAAAGAAAAAUCUUUUAAAAGCUGCCAUCUGAGGAGAUGGCUUCUCUGUACUUACGCCAUCCCCCAGAAUACAAUAAAUAAGCAAUUAGAAAAUGUUCAAGUAUGAAGGGAUUGCCUCCUCCCCGCCAAAAGCACUGCUCUCUGAAGGAAGCUGGUUUCUCUGUAGCCACACCAGCUGUUCAGAAAGCUCAUUGGACCUGGUUUUGAAAAUAAAACAAAGUUAAAACCCUGGGAGGAGUUAUUGUGCAGUGUGGAGUACUCGGUCUUUCUUAUAAAGAAAAAAAAAGUUAUCUGGUACCAAAGUGUGCAACCUACAGACCCUCGGGUACUGCCCUGUGACUUCUCUGUAUGACGUCACAAGGGUGCCAAGUGCCUGUCUGCUAGAGCUAGGAGUUGGUGAGGUUUGGCUAGUGCUGAAACCAUGCAUAGGAUUGGUGUACUAAAUAAAAACCUUAUUACGUACGUACGUCCUCCAAAAGACAGCUGAAAGUGGAGAGAUUUAAUUUGGUGCUGUUAGAGGUGGCCAUUAGAGCAUGAGCACCAGGGAGAUGGUUUAAUGGUAACUGCCUUUUCUUAUGUCAGGCUAGAGCUCCAACUGGAACUUGCGUUACAUGCAAGAUUGAUUGGAUAGGGAACACUCCCUGACAAAGAGCUACAUAAUUAGAGACGGACUGCGUUACAGGGAGGAUAAGGGAGGGCUUCACAUUCAUAAUAGAGCUCAAGACAUUACAAAUUCAUGCUGACAGGGUUGUGGCAUUGCCAGACA